AUGACUGCGUUUCCGAAGACUUUCAUUUUCGCCACGGCGACUGCCGCCUACCAGGUGGAAGGAGGGUACGACGACGACGGCCGUGGCAGAAGCACCUGGGACGAGAUCCGCGAGGAGUCUGGCCGCAUCGCCGACGGCUCCGAUCCGCGGCUCUCCUGCGACGCCAGACACAAGUACAAAGAAGACGUGCAGAUUCUGAAGCAGCUAAAUGUUUGUUCAGCACAAAAUAGUUAUCAUUUAUUUAGGAGGUUAGAAAGUCUAUAAAAGUAUUUUCAGAAGACACAAUCCUGGAUUUCAUUUAUUAUUGAAAGAAAGAAAAACCUGAGCUCUCACGAAAGUAAACCCAGAUAAAAAAGAUCCGCAAAAAUGAAAGUUUCAGCUUUUUUUUCUGAGCUCUUCUGAAAACUUGUUUCCGAUGCUUUUUAUCUAGGAGACGUGUUACGAAAAACGUGAGAACAAGUCUUGAAAAAAAGAAUGUCAAUUUUGGCAGAAGUUGGGUUUUAUUCUUUAAAUAAAUUGUUCAUACCAUUUCCUUGUUAUCUAAAUUCAAAUUUGACGUAGUAAUUACUAAGUUGGUUUUUUAUAGGCUCCAUUUAUUAAAAUUGAAGUUCUCUCCGAACCAAACUUUUUACUCCUUCAUUUGUGAAAAUUUUUCUGCUAAUUUAUAAAUAAUAUCCACUUUGACUCGUAUUUUCAUUUCACGAAUUUAAUACUUCAGGUUACACAUUACCGGUUCUCGAUUUCUUGGUCUCGAGUUUUCUCGGAUGGAACUGCGACUUCCCUCAACGAGCCUGGCAUCGGCUACUAUCGAGCUCUUUGUGAAGAGCUUGUGGCCAACGGAAUCCUUCCAAUCGUUUGGUUGCCUUCUCGAUCUAAUCUCAUAGAGUUACAGGUCACGUUGUUCCACACGGACUUGCCGCUGGAAAUUUUCGACAAAGGCUCUUGGCUCAACACAGAAACUAUUCAUAACUUUGUGAGCCUGUGCGAAGUUUGUUUCGAAAGACUCGGAGAUCUGGUACGUUCUUUUUCUCUGGAUGAAAAAAAAACUUUUUUGAGGUCCCUUAUUGGAUCACUUUCAAUGAAAUCGGACACCAAGCGUGGUAUGCUGUUGCGAAGUUUAAAUGAAACCCAGAUUUUAGAAGAAAAUUAAUGUUCAAGAUUCGAUAAUUUGCCGUGGCAUUGUCCUAAUCGACCACAGCCGCAAGAAGACGCUGAAAAGAAUACCGUAUCUGUAAGUCUUAAAUUUCGUUUUCCCGACAGCUGAUUUUGCUUCGAGAGCUGCUCAUAACAUGCUCUUGGCUCACGCGCAAGUCUACCGCCUCUACGAGGAGAAGUUCAAAGUUUUCCAGAAAGGUUCAAUAUUGCCAGAGAAAAAAAAUAUUUUGAGUUUUAGGUCAGGUGGGAAUCACUAACAGCGGGAGAUGGUGCGUUCCGAACAGUGAAAGUCCCGAAGACAAGGAAGUUGGUUGGCUUCAUGCUAACUAGUCACAAAGCUUUUAAAAAUAUUUUUGAAAAAUCGACAAGAUCAAGAAAAGUUUCUGCGAAGUUCUAGAAAAAUUUAUUUUUUUUAAUGUGUCCGUGUAUUGUUCGAGAAAUUUACACGACAGGCGUGCGGCCGAGCGCUCGAUUGGAACUUAAAUUGGACGAUUGAGCCAAUUUUGAAAGACGACUACCCACGCACGAUGCGCCAGAGGCUGCCCUGGCUGCCGACUUUCAACGAAGAACAACGGCGACUUCUGAAAAGUAUCUUUCUUCUAUCAGAUUGGCCGUUGACGGAAAAGUAAACUAAUUCCUAUGCCUAAGUCAAUAUUUAAAGCAUAUUUCACAUAUAUUCAUAGCUUUUGCACCAAAAAAUGACCCAAAACCAAAAAGAUGACAUCAGCAAAAUAUGUUUUCACAGUGGAUAUAAAUAUAGUCUUCAUUUUUAUUUUUAUAACCAGUUCAGAGCCUCGAACAAAGACAAUCAAUUGAAGAAAUUUUGGAUUUUUUUCAUUUUUUUAUUAAUCUAAAUUUGAUAAUUUUCCCAAAAAUCACUUCGAAAAAUUGAUAUUUUGUUGAACUUGCCAUAAAAAAAUGGGCCAAUCAAAAAAAUUUCUGCCCUGAAUGGCUUUAAAAAAAUACUUUUCAGAUAGUAUUGAUUUUCUCGGUAUCAAUUAUUACAUAUCUACGACCAUAAAGACCUUGAAAAAGUCUGAAGAUGGCCCUUCGAUUUUUGAACGUCAUGCUGGCUACGACUAUGGAAAGGAACGCUGGGACAAGUAUUGAUAUUUCGGUUCAAAUAGUUCAAUAUUUUCAGAAUUUGCGGAGAAACUUGGAUCCGCAAUGCUCCUGAUGGCCUUCAACAGCUUCUGAACUACCUGAAAGACAAUUUCGACAAUUUACCUGUGUUGAUAACGGAGAACGGCUGCAUGGACCGGCUGGACGCGGAGGGAGAUCCUCUCAAAGACGACUACCGGGUCGUUUAUUUGAGUGAUCACUUGAGUGCCGUCUCACAAGGCUUUUUCAAUACCCAGUUACAUAUAUUGAACCUCUUUUUCAGCGCUUCGAAACGGAUGCAACGUUAUUGGCUUCACCGCUUGGAGUCUGAUGGACAACUUCGAGUGGGACGACGGCUUUUCCUACCGCUUCGGACUUUUUCGAGUCGAUUUUGUGAGUCCUUCUAAGCCACGAGUAAUCAAGAAAAGUGGUACAUUUUUUAGUGAAUUCAUCUGUAAUUUCAAAAAUUUCCACUCUCUGAAAUAAUUUUUCAUUCUCCAGAAAAAAAAAUGAUAAGAUACACGUUAGCGAGACCCAUAUUUAACUGUUUUCUAAGAUUUAUAAAAAAUAAAGGUGUUAGUUAGUGGCAGUUGAGCAAGGGAAUGAGCGCAAGGCGAGACUUCAAAAAUAAAAAAGGCUAUUGUCUUCUUCUGGAACACCUGUUGUCGAAUGGGAGACUUAAAAAGUGCACAGAGAGCAAAAUCGAAGUUCAUGUAAAGUUCUAUUCAAUAUGUAGAAGGCUUAACUGAGUAGGGAGUUAUUUUCGUGUGGUGAAGUGGAAAAAACCGUAUGAUCAGUGCUUCCAGGAAAGUGA